CACAUAUACACAUCCACGUCUUCUCCAUCGUCCGCUCUUUACGCUCCUUUCUCUCCUCCCCCUUUUGGGUCACAUACCUCUGCGUGGAUAACCCAUCUUGAUUGCGGGGCAUCUCAUUACGUGCCGCAUUGGGUGGUAUCUAGUCAAUAAGAGACAGACGAGACAUCCUAGCCAGCAAUGCUUCUCCGACUUUGUGUGGCUUUAUUAGUUUUACCUGCUUGUUUGGCCUUUUGCCCAAAGCUUUUCCAAAAUCAGACAGCAUGCUCUUGCGACAGUACUGUAGAGGGGCCUGUGAUCAAGUGCAGUGGACAUGACGGACUUCGAAUGGUUGAGAAACUCUCGACAACGACGACCAUGGAAGUUAGAGAAUUGGCUCUAGAGAAUGCAGAUAUCAUUGAGGUCGGACCAAAAGCCUUCAAGACAUUGAGAAUCAAGAAACUGAUUCUCAGCAAUAACAGAAUUGAAAAGAUCCAUGAUCACGCCUUCACUGGUCUCGAGAAUGUCAUGCAAGAGCUUUCUCUGUCAGAGAACAACUUGAAAGAGGUUCCAACCUCAGCUCUCGCUGGACUCCGAGUGCUCAACAUUCUCAGCCUGAAAUGCAACAAAAUCGAAAACAUCACCACCAAGGCUUUUGUCAACAUGACUUCCCUCAUCGAUGUCAACUUGGGAUGCAAUCAAAUUUGCAGCAUGGCAGCUGAUACUUUCGCCAACGUCAAGAUGUCUCUCCAGAACUUGAUUCUUGAUAAUAACUGCAUGACUGAAUUCCCAAGCAAAGCUGUGAGAAACAUGAACAACUUGAUUGCUCUUCACAUCAAAUAUAACAAGAUCAACGCCAUUAGACAAAACGACUUUGUUAACCUCACCUCCCUCUCCAUGCUUUCCCUCAAUGGAAACAACAUUUCCGAAAUCAAAGGAGGAGCCCUCCAGAACACACCAAAUCUUCAUUAUCUGUAUUUGAAUGAGAACAAUCUGCAAACUCUCGACAACGGAGUCUUGGAGCAAUUCAAGCAACUCCAGGUUCUCGAUCUAUCUUUCAAUAACUUCACUGAUAUUACUAAAGAAAUGUUCGAGGGACUUGAAAGCAUUCAGCAUUUGAAUCUUGACAGCAACAGAAUCAGUGCUGUUGCUCCAGGAGCUUUUGCUGGAACCCCACUCCUUUUGCUCUGGCUUCCAAACAAUUGCCUGACUGAAGUCUCUCAACAAACUUUAAAAGGAGCUCCAUUCCUCCGCAUGGUUUCUCUUUCAAAUAACAAUAUUAGAGAAGUUCAUGAGCUUUCUUUCGAUCAUCUUCCCAACCUUCACACACUUGACCUGGCCAACAACAAGAUCAUGUCGCUCCAAAAUAAGUCUCUGUCUGGACCUGAAAACCUUGCCGUCCGUCUUCAAGAAAACCCAGUGGUUUGCGUUAAGAACGGAUUCCACGUGUUGAACAGUGGAGAAGCUAUCUGGCUCACCAAUGAAGCCAACACUAUUUGCAAAGGAGAAUGGCAAGCCCAGACAGCCGACUUGUGUCCAAAAGCCCAGCCAAGGCCAAUUAGACCAGUGUGCUGCUCCAAUGAGAUUACAACCACAACUACUACCACCACUACCACCACUACGCUUGCUCCAACCACCACCACAGAGGAAGAAAAGGAAGAGACAACAGAAACUACUGAAAAAGUUACUACUGUAGGAAAAUCAAAGAAGACAAAGGCUACCACAACUACAGAGGAACCAGAAGAUGACGAGGAUGUUUAUGUUGAUGAUGAUGAGGAGGGUACCGAGGAAGAAGAAGAAGAAGUUUCUACCACUGAAAAAUCUACCACCACCACCACUACCACAACCGAGGCUUCCAAGUCUAAGAAGGUUAACAUGGAGAGAUUCUGGAGACUUUCCAACAAGCCAAGCGGCAAAUCUCCAUUCCUGAGACACUCCCAGGGAAAUAAGCCAAGAUACCUUCAGACGACUACCGAGGCUCCAGAAGAGGAAGAUGAAGCCGAGUACAUUUCUGAUGAUGGAGGCGCCGAGGAAUCUGAGGAGGCUGAGACAACUGUUGCUACCACAACAACCACAGAACCAUCAGUAAAGGUUCCAGCCAGAAUCAGGGAACGCCAGAGAAUGUUCGCCAGCAACAUUCCAUGGAUGGCACCAAGAACGAAGACUGACUCUGUCGAGGAGGAGUUCAGCAAGGACGAUGAAGUAGAGACUGUUGAGACCGCCGAGAAGCCAGCCAGACAUUAGUUUUCACGAAUUAUUCAUUGUCCUAUUUUUUUGAAUUUUACAAUACUUUCCCCAAAUUUCAUACGUGUUUUGUGACUUGAAUUUCUCAGCAUUCCCCACCAUUCUUGUUAUUUCUAUUUUCCCAUAUUCAUAUUGUUUGUACUAUUAAUAAUGACAACCGUGUCUGUGUGCCUAAUAAAAAAACAAUAACAUGCCUGAUAGUCGAUCCAUAAAACUAU